GAGCGGAACCCCGCUAGGUGUCACCGACCGGGUUGUGAGGAAGCAAAGGGCGGCCGUCGGGCGGCUCCCCGGGACGCUGGAAGCCGCCGCUUCCCGGAUGGCGACCGCAGACGCCCCGGCCCCGGCCUCCAGCGGGCUGUCGCCCAAGGAAGAAGGGGAGCUGGAAGACGGGGAGAUCAGUGACGACGACAACAACAGCCGGAGCAGCAGCAGCAGCAGCAGCGGCGGCGGGCUGCUGGCGUACCCGCGGCGGAGGCCCGCUCCGGCGGCCCGGGGCGGCGGCUCCUCGUCGUCCUCGUCGUCCUCACGGCAGCCGCUGAGGAAUUUCUCCCGGCCGCGGCACGCGUCGGAGCGCGGCCACCUGCGGGGACCCGGCAGCUACCGGCCCAAGGAGCCGUUCCGCUCUCCGCCGCCGCCGCCGCCGCCGGGCCGGCUGCCCCCGAGCUCGCUGCCCGAGAGCAGCCCGCGGCCGUCUUUCUGGGAACGCAGCCACCUGGCCCUCGACCGAUUCCGCUUCCGAGGCCGGCCGUACCGGGGCGGGAGUCGCUGGAGUCGGGGGCGCGGGCUGGCCGAGCGAGGAGGAGGAGGAGGAGGCAAGCCGGGGUGCAGACCUCCGGGAGGCGGCGGGCAGGGCUGGCGCGAGCCCUCGCCCCCUCGGAAGAGCUCCAAAAGUUUUGGAAGAUCUCCGUCAAGAAAACAAAAUUAUUCAUCAAAAAGUGAAAGCUGUGGGGAAGAAACUUUUGAAGAUUUACUUUUAAAGUAUAAACAGAUACAGUUGGAACUAGAAUGCAUCAGUAAGGAUGAAAAGCUAGCUUUGAGUAGCAAAGAAGAGAAUGUGCAGGAAGAUGCUAAAGCAUUGAGCCUGGAGGACCAAGCAAGCACCGAUAAUGCCAGUGUUACUGUGACGAAGGACUCUAAUAAAGAAGCAGCUCCUGAGGAGAAAACACAGGUCAAAACUUUUCAAGCAUUUGAAUUAAAACCACUCAGGCAAAAAUUGACUUUAUCUGGAGAAAAGAACCGGUUGAAAAAAGUUAAAGAUGGAGCCAAGCAGCCUUCCCUGAAAUCGGACACUAAUGAGUCUAGUCAAGGAUUAGAAGAUAAGGAACAAAUAACAAGAAGACUUAGUACCUCAGACAUUCUAUCUGAAAAGAAACUCGGUGAAGAUGAAGAGGAACUGUCUGAAUUACAGCUUCGACUUUUGGCUCUUCAGUCAGCCAGUAAAAAAUGGCAGCAGAAAGAACAGCAGGUGAUGAAGGAAAGCAAAGAAAAGCUGACUAAAACCAAAACUGUACAACAAAAAGUUAAAACCAGUACAAAAACACACUCAGCCAAGAAAGUUAGCACUACAGCUAAACAAGCAUUGAGAAAGCAACAAACAAAGGCAUGGAAGAAACUACAACAACAAAAAGAACAGGAAAGACAGAAAGAAGAGGAUCAAAGGAAGCAAGCUGAGGAGGAAGAGAGAAGAAAAAGAGAAGAGGAAAUCAGAAAAAUUCGAGACCUUUCAAAUCAGGAAGAGCAAUACAAUCGAUUCAUGAAGUUGGUUGGUGGAAAGAGGCGAUCAAGAAGUAAAUCUUCAGAUCCUGACCUGAGAAGAUCUUUAGAUAAGCAACCUACUGAUAGUGGAGGAGGCAUUUAUCAGUAUGAUAACUAUGAAGAAGUUGCUAUGGAUACAGACAGUGAAACCAAUUCUCCAGCUCCUUCACCAUUGCAGCCACCAUUCUUCUCUGAAUGUUCUUUGGGUUAUUUUUCACAAGCACCAUCUAUUUCUUUACCACUGCCUCCUCAGGUUUCUUCUGUGCCCCCUCUGAACCAGCCUUACACUGAAGGCUUGUGUGUUUGCGACCCUCUCCCUCCUCUACCACCCCUGCCACCACUCCCGCCUGAAGACCCAGAGCAGCCACCAAAGCCACCUUUUGCAGACGAGGAAGAGGAGGAAGAAAUGUUGCUUAGAGAAGAGCUGCUAAAAUCCUUAGCCAAUAAGAGAGCUUUUAAGCCAGAGGAAACAUCCAGUAAUAGUGAUCCACCCUCACCUCCAGUUCUGAACAAUUCACAACCUGUGCCAAGAAGCAAUUUGUCAAUUGUCAGUAUUAAUACAGUAUCUCAGCCUAGGAUACAGAAUCCAAAGUUCCACAGAGGACCUCGUCUUCCACGAACUGUGAUUUCGCUUCCGAAGCAUAAAUCAGUCGUCGUAACACUGAAUGACUCAGAUGAUAGUGAAUCUGAUGGAGAAGCUUCCAAGUCAACAAAUAGUGUUUUUGGUGGAUUAGAGUCCAUGAUCAAAGAAGCAAGACGAACUGCUGAGCAAGCUUCAAAACCGAAAGUACCUCCAAAAUCUGAAAAAGAAAAUGAUCCUUUGCGAACACCUGAAGCUUUGCCUGAAGAAAAAAAGAUUGAAUAUAGAUUGUUAAAGGAAGAGAUUGCUAACCGCGAGAAACAGCGUUUGAUUAAGUCGGACCAGCUGAGGACAAGUUCUUCAUCCCCAGCAAACUCUGAUGUAGAAAUUGAUGGGAUUGGAAGAAUAGCGAUGGUUACUAAACAAGUUAGAGAUGCAGAAGCAAAACUUAAAAAACAUAGGAUCCUCUUGAUGAAAGAUGAAUCUGUUUUAAGGAAUCUAGUGCACCAAGAGGCAAAGAAGAAGGAAUCUGUUCGAAAUGCUGAAACAAAAAUUACAAAACUUACAGAACAGCUCCAAGCAACGGAGAAAAUUCUUAGUGUCAGCAGGGUGUUUUUGAAAAAGCUUCAGGAACAGAUUCACAGAGUUCAACAACGUGUUACAAUUAAGAAAGCUUUGACUCUAAAAUACGGUGAGGAGCUUGCUCGGGCAAAGGCAGUGGCUAGUAAAGAAAUAGGAAAACGUAAGCUGGAACAAGAUCCUCUUGGACCUAACAAAAUAAUGAGACUGGACAAUUCACCAAUAUCAAGUCCAAGAAAACAUUCAGCUGAACUAAUUGCUAUGGAAAAAAGACGAUUACAAAAGCUGGAAUAUGAAUAUGCACUGAAAAUUCAAAAAUUAAAAGAAGCCCAAGCCCUUAAAGAAAAGGAACAGCAAAGCAUGGCUUCAGUUGUGGAAGAGGAGCCUGAAUUUUCUUUACCUCAGCCUUCACUUCAUGAUCUGACACAGGAUAAAUUAACACUGGGCACUGAAGAAAAUGAUGUUGAUGAUGAAAUUUUGUCUGAUUCAAACAGAGAACGAAGACGAUCCUUCUUAGAAUCCAACUCUUUUACUAAGCCUAAUCUUAAGCACACUGAUACACCUAAUAAAGAAUGUAUAAACAAGCUUAGUAAAAAUUCUGUAGAAAAGUCGGAACUUUUUCUAGGGUUAAAGAUUGGUGAAUUGCAGAAACUAUAUUCAAAAGCUGACAGCUUAAAGCAACUGAUUUUAAAGACCAAAGGGAAUACAGAAAAUGUUUUGUGUGGUCAGGAGAUUUCUGUGGAUGUGGAUUUUGUCACAACACAGAGUAAAACAGCAGAAGGGAAGCCAUGCCCUUUCAGACCCUACCAUAGUCCUCUGCUAGUUUUUAAGUCUUACAGAUUUAGUCCAUACUAUCGAACAAAGGAAAAACGUCCCCUCAGCUCUGUGACUUACAGUAACAUGAUUGAACCAGAUCAGUGUUUCUGCCGGUUUGAUUUAACAGGCACAUGUAAUGAUGAUGAUUGCCAAUGGCAGCAUACACAAGAUUAUACACUUAACCGGAAACAGCUGUUCCAGGACAUUCUGUCAUAUAAUCUGUCUUUGAUUGGUUGUUCAGACACAAACACUGGUGAGGAAAUUGCUGCUGCAGCAGAAAAAUACGUUGAGAAGCUAUUUGGAGUCAAUAAGGAUCGGAUGGCAGUGGACCAGAUGGCUGUUCUCCUCGUUAGUAAUGUCAAUGAGAGUAAAGGUCAUAUACCUCCAUUUACAACAUACAAAGAGAAAAGAAAGUGGAAGCCAAAGUUUUGGAGAAAACCUGUUUCUGAGAAUAGCUACAGCAGUGAUGAUGAACAGUCUACAGGACCAAUUAAGUAUGCCUUCAAGCCAGAGACCCGAAUAAAUGUUCCAGCUCUGGAUACAGUUGUUACUCCAGAUGAUGUCAGAUACUUCACAAAUGAGACUGAUGAUAUUGCAAAUUUAGAAGCCAGUGUGCUUGAAAAUCCUUCUCAUGUCCAACUUUGGCUCAAGCUUGCAUACAAGUACUUGAAUCAGAAUGAGGGGCCAUGUUCAGAAUCCUUGGAUUCAGCUUUAAAUGUUCUGGCACGAGCAUUGGAAAACAACAAAGACAAUCCAGAAAUUUGGUGCCAUUAUCUCAGGUUGUUCUCUAAAAGAGGAACCAAGGAAGAGGUGCAGGAAAUGUGUGAAACAGCUGUUGAAUACGCUCCCAAUUAUCAAAGCUUUUGGACUUUUCUACACCUAGAGAGCACAUUUGAAGAAAAGGAUUAUGUUUGUGAGAAAAUGGUGGAGUUUCUGAUGGGAGCAUCCAAGCGGGAAGCUUCAGAUAUUCUGUCCUUUCAGCUUUUAGAAGCUCUUUUAUUUAGAGUUCAGCUGCACAUUUUUACUGGAAGAUGCCAAAGUGCACUUGGAAUUUUACAGAAUGCAUUAAAAUCUGCUAAUGAUGAAGUAUUAGCUGAAUGCCUUAAAACAAGUGAUCGAUGUUUGGCAUGGCUGGCCUAUGUACAUCUUAUUGAAUUCAACAGUCUCCCUUCAAAAUUUUAUGAUCCUUCGAAUGCCAAUCCUUCAAGAAUUGUUAGUACAGAGCUAUUUGUAAUGCCAUGGCAAGUAGCUCAAGAUAUAAAGACCAAUCCUGACAUGUUGUUAGCAGUGUUUGAAGAGGCAGUGAAAGCCUGCACAGAUGACAGCCUUACUGCUGAAGAAAAGAUCGAGGUCUGCUUCCCACUUUACACAAACAUGAUCACGCUGUACCGGCUCCUGGAGAGGUAUGAGACUGCUGUGGAUUUUUGUAAAUGUUUAUUGGAAUCCUGUCCCACGAACUGCCAGUUGUUGGAAGCCCUUGCCAGUUUAUAUUUGCAAACAGAUCAGCAUGACAAAGCCAGAGAAGUGUGGCUUACUGCGUUUGAAAAAAAUCCCCAGAAUGCAGAGGUUUUUUAUCACAUGUGCAAACUCUUCAUUUAUCAGAAUCAAGGUGAUACUCUUCUUCCAUUUUUGCGGAAGUUUAUUGCUUCCUUCUUUGAGCCCGGGUUUGAGAAGUACAGUGAUUUGGAUCUGUUUCGAUAUCUCCUAAAUAUCCCAGGACCACUUGACAUUCCAGCCUGUAUAUGUAAAGGGAAUUUGGAUGAUGAUAUAUUUAACCACCAAGUUCCUUACUUGUGGCUGAUUUACUGUCUUUGUCAUCCUCUUCAAUCAAAUGUUAAAGAAACAAUAGAGGCAUAUGAGGCAGCAUUAGGGGUGGCCAUGAGAUCUGACAUAGUACAGAAGAUAUGGAUGGAUUAUCUUGUCUUUGCCAAUAACAGAGCUGCUGGAUCCAGAAACAAAGUCCAGGAAUUCAUGUUUUUUACUGAUUUAGUGAAUAGAUGUUUGGUUACAGUCCCUGCCCGAUACCCCAUUCCUUUUAGCAGUGCUGAUUACUGGUCCAACUAUGAAUUUCAUAAUAGGGUUAUUUUCUUUUAUUUGAGCUGUGUUCCAAAGACUCAGCAUUCCAAAACCUUGGAACGGUUUUGCUCAAUUAUGCCAACUAAUUCUGGACUUGCCCUGAGGCUACUUCAGCAUGAAUGGGAAGAAAGCAAUGUUCAGAUUCUGAAACUUCAAGCCAAGAUGUUUACAUAUAAUAUCCCAACUUGCCUGGCCACCUGGAAAAUAGCCAUUGCUGCUGAGAUUGUUCUAAAGGGACAAAGAGAGGUCCACCGUUUAUAUCAGAGAGCCUUACAGAAGUUACCUCUUUGUGCAUCACUAUGGAAAGAUCAACUCUUGUUUGAAGCAUCAGAAGGAGGUAAAACUGAUAACCUGAGAAAACUAGUUUCCAAGUGCCAAGAGAUUGGAGUCAGCCUAAAUGAGCUCUUAAGUUUAAACAGUAACAAAGCAGAAAGCAAGAAUCACUGAACACUGGGUGCAGUCAGUUCUAAGUCCUAAUAAUAAUUGCCAAAAUUAUUUGAAUGAUUCUUCAAGAUUAGGCUGAUCCCUGGCUAAGGUCUGUGUAAAGCAGACAGGCAGUAAUGAUCAUAUCAAGCCCCCUUCAAAAUCCUCUCCUCAAAACCAGAAGCAAUGAAUAUGAUCCUCUUCGGUUGGAUAAAUGAACUUCCUGUUUGGCCUGUUUCUGGGCCCUGCCAGAUUCUCAUAACAUCAUGUACGUAAGUAUAGUUCCUGAAAGUGACUGACAUUUAUUUACUUUGUUUUUGUUUUUUUUUUGUUUUGUUUUUAUUUUUUUACUUUUUCCUCUUCCUUUAUGUUGUGCUAUUCCUGAUUCACUUGACACUCUCUGAUGCCUGAGAGAUUCUUGUUUGGGAUUUAAUUGCCAGAGCUGUGUUUACAGUAUAUAUAUAUAUAUACAUAUUUUUUAAAAAAAGCAAAAAAAAAAAAAAGAACACCAACAAAAAAAGCAGGCAGUCCCUUUUAGUUACUCCUUUUUAAAUCUUUUGAGAUUAUUCUUCAUUUCAGGAUUUAAACCUUAAGCAGUCCAUCUUAAGGAAAGUGUAACUGCCAUGGCCACAAGUCUGCUAGUUGCACUUGAAUGCUCUAACAGGGUUGUUUAUUGCCCUUUCUACGUUCUGGACUCCUUGCCGAGACUGUUUAACUUGAAGAUUAAAGAAAACUAUUGCAAAUGCCAGUGCAUCAGAACCUAAGAGUGAUCAAAUAUUAUGUGCAAUUUUUUUUGUAAAGAAAUUUUAAUUUAUAAUAAAGUUUAACAGUUUAAAGAACAGCUAAAA